ACCUGGGAUACUCAAUGACCGUGGUUAUUUUUUGAACAAGAUGUAUCAAUUACUGUCAAAAAACUCUACAGGUUUGUUGGUGCUUAAAGAAAUAUUUGAGAAAUGUGUUUUUGAAAAAGGAGUGGAGGAUAUCAGUCGAAUUUGCGAGGCAAGCAUUAGAGCUAAUGAAAAUGUCUACAAGGCUGUUCUUGAGGGGAUCAUAUCAGUGCAUACCUAUUUUUUAAGAGUAAGUGAAUCGUUUGAGGGUAAUGAAGUUCUUGAAAAGGCGAUGCUUUCUGGACUUGAGAAAAUUUUGACAACUCUUGCUUACGUAAAGAGUUAUCAUAUUUUGGGAGAAGAAUUGGCUCGUUUUGCACACACGAAAUUAAAAUCUAACGAAUCGAAGGAGCAAUGCGAAGGUAUUUUGAGGGAAAUUGUGACCGUGUUUCAGCUUUUACCGUCAAAGAGUUCUUUUCUGGAAUCAUAUCCGAAGUUUUUGUCCGUUAGGCUUUUGUUUGAACCUUAUUCUGAGGAACAAGAACGUUUUGCUAUUCGGACAAUAUCACAAGCGACUGAAUGUACCUCUGAUUUUGUAUACAGAUGCGAGGUGAUGUUGAUGGAUGUCACAGAAAAUAGUGUCUCACUACGUGAUAUGUUUGACGCAAAAUACGGGAGUAGCCAUAAUAAAUCUUCAGAAUGGUUGUUUCAACCUAGUGUUCUCACAAGCUAUUCAUGGCCAGAUGCUUCUUGUGACGUAAAUCUUCCAACGCCAAGCAUUUUAUUACCCAAGAUGCGUGAGUUUCAGUUGUUUUAUUCGCAAGUUCGUCCAAAGCGUCAUAUCUCUUUUGUUUCGCGAUGUUCUCGUGGCGUGGUAAGAAUGAAUUUGCCUAGGGAUUCUCGUGUACCGAGUAUAGAUUUGUGUGUGGGACAGUCACAACUAUUACUUGCUGAAUGCUUUAAUAAUCGGACAGAUUGGUCAAUCGGAAACUUAUUACAGACAAUGGAGGUAACGAACAAUGAAAUUUUUUUACGUUCUUUGAAUGCUUUUGCGGGUUGCGGCAUCCUCGAGGUUUAUGAUGAGGGUGGACCAGUUGAUCUUCCUCUGCGAUCGGUAAUGGCAGGAAAAUAUGUUCGUCUUGGUUCAAAUCCAGAUACAAGAAAAAGGAAGUUGAAUCUUUUUCCUUGUGAUUGGGAAGGGGGUUUUCAGAUUGCGACAGUAUCUUCUAAUGAUUUUGUUAGUGAUCCUGUAGAUGCCUCUCACCACAUGGUAGAUCAGUUGAAAGCUCCCGCGGUUCAGGCGACACUCGUUCGUGUGUUUAAGGCCAGUGGUACUCUUUCUUUUUAUGAGCUUAUGGAGAAGGUCAAAGAUGAGUCUCCUCAAAAAUUUAUGCCUUCCGUUCAACAGGUAAAGGUUGCGUUAGAGUUCCUUAUAAGCCGUGGUUUCGUAAUCAGAGAUAAUUCCAACGGGGGAACCUUUUCAUACAUUUGCUGA